AUGAAACGAACGGCCCAUUUUAGUAAAGUUCGAGCGAACAGAAUCAAAUAUUUGAAACUAUUUCCAUUGUUUAUCUAUGAUAUUGAUCGAGUCGAAGAAAAUGACGAGCAUUGGCCAUGUUACGAAGCUAAGAUUGUUGACGAUCUUGUUAUGAUACCCGAUGUUGAACAAGGUGAUAAACUUUUCAGAUAUGGAAGUUUUGGUAAAUGUGAAUUUGUACGGACAACUACUCAAGCAUCGCCAUCGUUACUCUUAGAAACAAUUCCGAAUAGCAGGAAAAGAUAUGAGAAACCGUAUCGUUUACGAACUGUCGAAUCAACUGAAAUAAAUGAAACGAUGUCCGACUUCGAAAAAGAAUUUCUUCAAGAGUUGAAUCAAAAAAUGUUGGCGUCAUCUGUCGACCAAGUUCGCGAAGAGAAUCGUCAAGCAUGCCAGAAUAUUCUGGAAGAAAGACGAAUCUAUUCGUCGACAUUUCCGCUCGAAUUCCAAUCGAUUUCAGAUAACAAUAUGGAGAUUUCAUCGGCAAAGUUAGUCCUUUACGAGCGUGUAUAUCUUUUACCUGAAGAAACAAUCUUUUUACAACAUGGUCUUGGCUGUUUGAGUGUCAAAGAUGAAACUAAUCAAAUUUUAUCUCCAGAUGAUUUAUGGCACCGAUUCACUCUGAAAGAUCAUAAUUUUCCAUUGAAAUAUGCUGUUUAUUAUUAUUUUCGUAGUAGCGGAUGGAUAGUCAAGUGUGGAUUGAAAUUUGGUUGCGACUACAUGCUCUAUAAAUUUGGUCCAAGCCUCAAUCACGCUGUUUAUUGCGUUUCGAUUGAGAAUUUUUGGCAGAUCAACAGUUCGACAUGGUCAUUUCUCUCCGGUCUAAAUCGAGCAUGUCUGAAUGCGGCGAAAGUAUUGCUUCUAGUUCAUGUUGAAAACUAUUGUCAUGUGUACGUGAAGCUGCUCUUAUUGUUUUUACUUUAUUUGGUGAAUAUCUACUAUGUCUCUGGUACACGGUGUCCAUCGUCAGAUCGAAUGGAUGGAAAAACGGUUGUGAUUACGGGAAGUAAUACAGGCAUUGGAAAAUAUGCUGCAGUUGAAUUAGCUAGACGAGGUGCACAUGUGAUAUUAGCGUGUCGGGAUCGGAAACGAACGGAAGAAGCAUUAAGAGACAUACGUCGACUGUCCGGGAGUGAGAAAGUUGAAAUGGAAAUGCUGGAUCUUGCUUCCUUACAGUCAGUUCGAGAGUGUGCUAAACGGUUACGCGACAGAUUAACAAAAUUAGAUGUUUUAAUCAACAAUGCCGGUGUUAUGAUGGCAUCAGGAAAAUCAGUUGACGGUUAUGAGAUUCAUUUUGCUGUUAAUCAUCUCGGUCACUUUCUCCUAACCAAUCUUCUUUUGGACUUGAUGAAAAAAGCACCAUCAGCUCGGAUUAUCAAUGUCUCAUCAAUCAAUCAUGCUUUUUGGGGACUCCAAAUCAAUUGGGAUGACAUCAACUUCACAAAACCAUAUUGGAGAAUGAAUGCCUAUUCUCAUAGUAAAUUAGCCAAUGUUUUAUUUACCAAUGAACUAGCGCGGCGGUUACAAGAUACGAAUAUCACAGCCAAUAGCCUCCACCCAGGCGUUGUUCGAACGGAAGUCACACGAAGUAUCCUGGGGAAUUAUCAAAGUAUUUUAGAUGGUAUUAUUCUGUUGAUUACACCUAUAUGGUACUGUUUAACGAAAACUCCCGAACAAGGCGCUCAGACAUCGAUCUAUCUUGCAACGGAUCGGCAAUUAGAUCAUGUGACUGGCAAAUAUUUUUCGGAAUGUAAAGAAUGUCCAUCAUCGAAAACAUCGCAAGAUAGACAAUCAGCUGAACGUCUCUGGAAGCUAAGUGAAGAAAUGACAAAUUUACGAGAUGCAUUAAAAGAAAUUCGUAAUAAUUGA